AUGUUUGGAUGUGCUUUUAUUACAAAUAAAACUACAGAAACUUUCGAAUGGGUACUUGAAACUUUCAAAAAGUCUAUGGCUGGAGCAAAACCAAAGACAAUUUUCACUGAUCAAGAUCAAGCGAUGAGCAAUGUAAUUGCAAAGGUUUUACCAAAUUCAAGACAUAGGUUGUGUUUGUGGCAUCUCCAAAAAAAAUUUGUAUCAAGAUUUGGCCAGCUAAAAAGCAAUGAAGAUUUCAAGAACAUGUUUGACAAAUGCUUAUAUGGCUAUGAUGAUGAGAAAGAAUUUGAUGAUUGUUGGAAUGAUAUGAUUCAAAAGUAUGGAUUAGAAGAGAAAGAGUGGUUUGAUAGACUGUAUGAAUUAAGACAUAAAUGGUGUCCUGUGUUUAGCAAAGACAUAUUAUGUGCUGGAAUUUUGUCGUCCCAAAGAUCUGAAAUUACAAAUAGAGCAAUAUCAUUAAAAGCCAACAAAAAAAAUUCAUUGUAUGAAUUCUUUCAUAUAUUUGAAGCUACAUUACAAAGGUGGAGAAGCAAUGAAAAGGCAGAUAACUUUAAACGUAAAACAAAAAAGCCAAAGACAAAAUGCAAACUCUUGAAACAGGCUGCUGAAAUUACACUCUGA